AUGGCGCCUCAGAAUCAACUCGGCAAGCGCGUGAAGCUAACGCAAGUCCGCCGACCUUUUAUUGUUGGAAGCACAGCAACUCCUUUCUCCGAUACGAAUCCGCGACCAGCGGGCAUUCCCGACAAUCACACGCACUCAUGGCAGGUUUUUGUCAAGGGCCUCGAUGACACAGACAUCACAUAUUGGCUGCGCCGGGUGCAAUUUAAGCUCCACGAGUCUAUCCCUAAUUAUGUACGAAUGGUUGAGGGCGAACCUGGGAAGCCCUUUAUGGUCGAAGAGACAGGCUGGGGCGAGUUCGAUAUCACCAUCAAACUAUACUACGUCAACGAUUCAGGCGAGAAACCACAAACAUUAUACCAUUACCUCCGACUACAUCCCUACGGCCGAAACGAAGAAGAGAAGCAAGCCAUGAUCGCAUCGAACGGUGAGAUCAGGUCGUGGAGUUACGAAGAGCAGCUCUUCAACGAACCCUACGAAGUAUUCUACAACCUCCUCACACAAGGCGCCGUGCCCAAAGGAUGGAAGUCGGGCGGCGGCAAAGGCAAGGGCAAGGCUCGCGCGCCACCGCCUUACCCUGCGGACAACAACGAAGUAUGGGAACACUCGGCGAUGAUACCGGCGCAUAACCGACCCGGACAGCCGUUCAGUCUCGAGACCGAGGCAGCGGAGAUACGCAGGCUGGCAGAGGCCCAGGCCCAAGCAGAGGAAAUGGCCAAGAAGAUCCUCGCUGAUCUAAAGGCUAAAGAGGAGCUGCUUGCCAAGCUGAAGGGGGAGAACCAGGCUGCUGCUGCCGCAGCUAAGUCAUAG